AUGGAGACUGAUUACAAUCCUAUGGAGUUGCCCAAUAAUACGGGGUUUGAAGAGGAUUCAGAUUACAAAGACUUCGAAGGAACAGAUGUGAAAGACAUGAGACUAGAAGCCGAAGCUGUUGUCAAUGAUGUUCUGUUCGCUGUCAGCAACAUGUUUGUCUCAAAAACCCUUCCCUGUGCAGAGGAUGUCGCAUAUAUCAAUGUGGAAACCAGGGAAAGGAACAGAUACUGCCUGGAGCUCACCGAAGCAGGUCUCAGGGUGGUAGCUUAUGAUUUUGAUCAGACUGAUGACAGAUUGCAAACUCCAUACCACGAAACCGUCUACUCCUUGUUGGACUCUCUCAGCCCUGCAUAUCGAGAGGUGUUUGGGAAUGCAUUACUACAAAGACUGGAAGCUUUGGAGAAAGAGACUCAGUCCUGA